AUGCCCAGCUCCAAGGGGAACCCAACCGACCCUGAACUGCGGGAGAAGAUCAAGGAGGAAGUGAAGAACAUGGAGAAAGGUGGAGGCAAAGGGUCAUGGUCUGCCUGGAAAGCCGGCGAACUGGCGCGGCGAUACGAAGCAGCUGGAGGCGAUUAUGAGGAUGCCGGGGACAACAAGAACAAGGCGCAAAAGGGCAAGCCUGAAAAGAAAGCGUAA